AUGCCAUUUAGAUUUCCAGUUAAAUUUGAAAUACCUAAACAUGUACAUGUAAACGCAAGAGUAUUAAGAGAUCAACAUAAAAGAAUCAAUUUUGCACAACAUGAAGUCACACGUAAUGCUUUAAAGUAUAUUAUUAGAAAUGAAGAAUUACCUUCAAGAAUUAGAAUUGAAGCGCAGUUACAAUUAGCUACCAUGCCUAAAUAUACAUCAAUUACACAAAUAAGAGAUAGAUGUAUUGCUUCUGGGAAUUCAAAAUCUGUCAUAACUGAUUUUAAAUUAAAUAGAACUGAAUUUAGAAAUAGAGCUUUAGCUGGUCAAAUACCGGGGGUUAAGGUUGCUUCAUGGUAAGGAUGUUGGAUAGAGUCUUGAUGUAAAUAUAUAAUGAAUUAAUGUAAGAAUUAACUUUGAAUCGUGUUUUCGCUUACUAAAAAACUUACAAAAUGAGCUUCUUUUCGACUCAGAUCACCUCCGAACUGAACUACUAUAUAAAAAUGAUGGAAAAAAGCUGAUUCCAUUUUCAAAAUAGUCUCUAUAUUCGCUUUAUAUCUCUUUUAUUCGUCAAUUUGUCUAUUCAAUUUCAAUUUCAUAACCAAAUCCAUUGAAAAAAAAAAAAAAAAAAAAAAAAAUUCUGAAACAUCAACUAUUAAAUUAAAUCAAAUCAAAAUAUAUUCAAUAAUGAUACGUCAAGGGUUGAUAAAUAGUAAUACUCAAAGAAUAUUCACAAGAAAUCUCAGAUUAAUUCCCAAAUUUUCAUUACAAAAAUUUAACAAAAUUCCACAACCACCUGGUUAUAUAGUUGGUACAGUUAAUGAUGCAUAUAUCGCACCUGAUCCAGAUCAAUUUCAUGGGAAUUUUCAUUGGACAUACGAAAGAGCAGUCACAGUUGCAAUGAUACCAUUAGUUAUGACUCCAUUUAUUGCUGGUGUAGAAUAUCCAAUUAUUGAUUCAAUAUGUUCUACACUUUUAUUGUUUCAUUGUAAUGCUGGCUUUAAAAGUUGUAUUAUUGAUUAUAUACCGAAACGAGUCUAUGGAAUAUGGCAUAAUAUCGCUAUGAAAUUAUUAGGAGUGGGUACUUUUGUUUCUAUUUAUGGUAUUUAUGUUAUGGAGACUGCUAAUAAUGGCUUAUUUGAUUUGAUAAGUAAGUUAUGGACUGCUUAA